AUGGACUCAGAUACGAGCCGCGUGUCAAGCAGACCCUCAUCUCCCGAGGAGGACAUCUUCCUGUCCGCUCUAAAGAAGUCCGUGCACGGUUUCUCCGGCGCCGUGUCCUCCACACAGAGCGACUCUCUGUCUGAAAUCCCCGGCCUGCGCGGCCUUUCCGCAGACGACGAGGAUUCCCUCCUUCGGCUGUCCAAGAAAGACCGGAAACUCCUGUCAGAGAACGAGCUGCAGACCAUCCGCCUCAAGAUCAACAGCCGCGAGAGGAAAAGGAUGCACGACCUCAACGUGGCCAUGGAUGGCCUCCGGGAGGUCAUGCCCUAUGCGCACGGACCCUCGGUACGCAAACUCUCCAAAAUCGCGACCCUGCUGCUGGCUAGAAACUACAUCCUGAUGCUGAGCAACUCACUGGAGGAGAUGAAGCGGCUGGUCAGCGAAAUCUACGGCAGCAGCGGACACCACGGCGGCUUCCACCCAGCAGCCUGUGGGACUAUGACACACGCUGGGCCCGUGCCGGGACACCCGGCGGUUUCACACGCCUCACACCCGGUGGUGCACCACCCGCUCCUCCCCCCGGCCGUCUCCACCGCCUCGCUGUCCGCGCCUGGUAUCUCCGCCGUCACCUCGGUCCGACCCCACCAUGGACUCCUCAAAGCGCCCGUUGCAGGCGCAGGGCCGCUGGGCAGCAGUUUCCAUCACUGGGGCGUUGGCACCGGGAUGCCUUGUCCGUGCAGCAUGUGCCAAGUCCCGCCUCCGCAUGUGACCAGCAUGAGCGCCGUCACUAUGCCGAGGCUGGCCAGCGACUCCAAGUGA